UUCAGACAGUCAGGACAGACUAAAGAACAGCUCCAGUUCAAGCUCCUCAACUUUGUCAGGGACAGAUCUCUACAUGUCGGGUGCUUCCGGAGAAUGGAUCCUGAGCCCCGGCCAGUCCAGCCACAUGUUUGAGGGAGCCGUGGAGCCCAUGCAGAUUGAUGCUGACCCCCAGGACGACCAACAAAAUGUCCCAGACAUCAAUUAUGUGGUGGAAAACCCUACCCUGGAUCUGGAGCAGUACGCUUCUAGCUACAGUGGCCUCAUGCGUAUUGAGAGGCUGCAGUUUAUUGCUGACCGAUGCCCUCAGCUGCGGGUUGAAGCUCUAAAGAUGGCGCUAUCAUUUGUACAGAGGACUUUUAAUGUUGAUGUGUAUGAGGAGAUUCAUCGGAAGUUGACAGAGGCAUCCAGGGAGCUGCAAAAUGCACCCGAUGCUUUGCCCGAAGGCUCUCUGGACCCUCCGCCACUGGACACAGCCUGGGUGGAGGCAACUCGUAAAAAAGCACUUCUGAAACUGGAAAAAUUGGACACGGACCUGAAGAAUUACAAAGGAAAUUCCAUUAAAGAAAGCAUCAGGAGAGGCCAUGAUGAUUUGGGGGAUCAUUAUCUGGAUUGUGGAGACCUGAGCAAUGCACUGAAAUGCUAUUCCCGCGCUAGAGACUACUGCACCAGUGCUAAGCACGUCAUCAACAUGUGCUUGAAUGUCAUCAAGGUCAGUGUGUAUCUCCAGAACUGGUCUCAUGUUCUCAGCUAUGUCAGUAAAGCCGAGUCAACUCCUGAAAUUGCUGAGCAACGAGGAGAAAGAGACAACCAGACCCAGGCUGUGCUAACCAAACUAAAGUGUGCUGCAGGGUUGGCAGAACUCGCUGCUCGGAAAUACAAGCAGGCGGCAAAAUGCUUUCUGCUGGCAUCGUUUGAUCACUGUGAUUUUCCAGAGCUUCUUUCCUCUAGUAAUGUUGCGGUAUACGGGGGGCUUUGUGCCCUGGCCACUUUUGAUCGGCAGGAGCUUCAGAGGAACGUCAUCUCUAGCAGUUCAUUCAAAUUGUUCCUGGAGCUGGAGCCUCAAGUCCGCGAUAUAAUCUUCAAAUUCUAUGAGUCCAAGUACGCGUCCUGUCUAAAGAUGUUGGAUGAAAUGAAGGAUAACCUUCUUCUGGACAUGUAUCUGGCUCCUCACGUCCGGACACUAUACACUCAGAUCCGGAACCGUGCCCUCAUACAGUAUUUCAGUCCAUAUGUAUCGGCAGACAUGUGCAAAAUGGCGACUGCGUUUAACACAACGGUGUCUGCGCUCGAGGACGAACUGACUCAACUCAUCCUGGAAGGCUUAAUAAACGCUCGCAUUGAUUCUCAUAGCAAGAUCCUAUAUGCACGAGACGUUGACCAGCGCAGCACCACAUUUGAGAAGUCAUUACAGAUGGGGAGAGAGUUUCAGAGAAGAGCUAAAGCAAUGAUUUUACGAGCUGCUGUCCUGCGUAACCAGAUCCAUGUCAAGUCUCCUCCCAGGGAAGGAAGCCAAGGAGAACUGACACCAGCUAACAGUCAGUCCCGACUCAGCACCAAUAUGUGACCACCCCGCUCUUCUGCAUUGGCCCUGUCAUCUGCACAGAACUACGCAGAGCGAUCAGCGAAUACUGCAGAGACAUUCACCACCUGCUUACGUUACCUUCCCAUAGGCUGCCUCAGCUUUGUUUGUGUGAGAGCUUGACAGGAGCUGCAUGGUUUGUCUCAGUGGUCUCCGUGUAUUGGACAUGAUCGCCUUGCUCUCUCUCGGUGGAUUAGAGGAGUAGUGAUGUCAUGCUGUGUCUGGAGGUAGUGGCCGCACAGGGGCAGAACAAAAGUCAUUGUGAUGUAGGUGGUGGAUCGGCUUCUUUGUGAAUGUUAUGGAUUCAGCAGCUUAUAUGUUAGACACUACCAUGUUCUCAGGUGCUCACUUCUCCCCCCACAUAUGGCUUCCCAAAUCCACCUCUCACCCGACUCAUGUUCUGAACCAGGCUGCCCCCUCCGUAGCCCCAGAGACAUUAACACUGCAGUCAAUCUACAGACAAAAUGCCGGCUCUUUCCAUGUUUCCUUUGUGAAGACAGGACAUAUGACUGCAUUAUAAUCCCAUAGCAUAAAGCAUUGCAAGUUCCUUGUUUCCUUGGUUUGGAAUUAAACAUGUUCCUGUUUUUGCGUUUU